GGUCGGGUCCCUUGUAGGUUGCUACCCCAGAAAUUGUUUGGCUCCAGUCUUCCAUGUGAAGUAUAAUCCCAACCAGUCCCAAGUUCUUGGUGAUGAGUUUGAAGACAAACCCAUGUGAUGUUUCAAAUGCGUAUGUCUCCUAGAUAUCCUCCAUUGCCUCACAUUUGAGACCACUCACUCUCAUUUAGAGAUUUCCCACCCAACUUUUAUCUAUAUAUACACACGCAUGUUAUUCCAUAGCCAAAUCAAGUCCUCUUAUUCUCUAGCAUAUAUUUAUCAACUUUUUUUCUUCCUCCAAAUCCAUUUGUGAACUUCAACCUUGUCCAAAGUGACAACAUCUAAAUGGCUGCUCGAGUUCUGGCUAUGAUGCAUGUUAAGCAGCUUCUCCGCCUGUCUGUUUUCAGUGGUACAGAAGCAGCUCCCACAGCUAAAAAUGUUCCAAAAGGCUGCUUUGCUGUGUAUGUGGGAGAGGGCGAGAAGAAGCGAUUCAUUCUACCAAUAUCAUACCUCAAUGAACCUUCAUUCCAGAAAUUGCUAAAUAAGGCUGAGGAAGAAUUUGGGUUCAAUCAUUCAAUGGGUGGUCUAACAAUUCCCUGCAGAGAAGAGGUCUUUAUGGACCUCACUUCUGGCCUAAACAGAUCGUGAUACAUGGAACCGAUAUGGAUCAGCAAAACAGAUUUGUAGCCUCAUGUACAGUUACUUCUCUUUCAGGGGAAGUAUUUGGUGGAUAAUGUACAUCCGAUCGAGAAAGUCACAAAAUUGCAAGUACUGCAGUAUCUGAAAAACAUUUCAAGCAGAUGUAGAGAUGGCUCUAGAGGCCCCAGAUGUAUCAAAAGGCAUAUUGGAGAAAGUCACAGGAGGUUCCUUGAGGCCAAUAAAGAGUUCGUUUGGAUCAUCCUGUGGGUGGUUCUUACAAAAUCUCAUGAAGAGAAGAUGUUGGUUAUAUUCUUGAAGUCAGUAUAACUCAUUAGUGAAAUCAAAGCCAUGCUAUUGGGUAGUGUUGAGAACCUGCACUGCCCGCCACAUCUGGCCCAAAAACCUCUCUUCUUUUUUGAAUAAAGAGUACUAGGAUUAGGCUCUUUCAAAAGUCAUUGUAAUAUUCUUAUUUUCUAUGUAUAAUGAAAGUUGGGACUCAUGCAAUUAUUUUGAA